AGGCAACCUCGUGCAAAAUGUCGAGGAGAAUUUGCGCGAACACAAAUUUCGAUCCAUGAGCAGGCGGAAACGGGACGCAAUUUUACUAAAACUCGGCCGAAGGCAGGACGAGUACCGGACGACAUUCACGGAGGACAGGAAGGUGGUACGGAGAAAGGUUCGAUCGGUCCCCGAUCGCUGGCGGAGGCUAAAGGUGAAGUUGAAAAAAGUGUGCAACGCACUUAACUGCUGGCACCCUAGCAUAAGAGACAAUGGCAAGAAGAACAUCGGCCCCAGAGAUCAACAGCGCCCCGGGGGAAUGGUGAUGAAGGGCGACGGUGGAAGCAGGGACGACAACAACACUUGCAUGGACAUUGAGUCCUCGGCCUCUGAAGAAUCAUCAAGCGCCCCCACAUCGGACACAGAGCUGAAAUCGAUUGUUGCAAGCAGGACCGAUGCAGCAGUGCCACCGGCAGCCAAUUUACAUUUAGAUUCACAUCAGAACUUCUCUCCUCGUCAUGUGUCUGCUGCUCCGGGUUGUAUCUCGCCUACCGAUGUUCGACUCCUUCUCCUUCAAGAUCAAGAGACGGUUUGUGGCGCGAACUCGACUGAGCCGAAGCCACUUUCUUCGCAGAAAAAUUUUCGUACCUCGACCACUACCACGAACAUGAGCACUACGGUGGACGAAGCGGCCAACGGCGAUGGCAGUGACUGCAGCGCCAGCGCCACGUCAACGUCUACUUCUUCCUCGUCAUCUUCUGCAG